AGAUUCACGAGAUUGCUUGGUUGUUCCUGUUCAGACGUUAACGAGUGCCUGGUGAAUAACGGGCACGGCCCAUGCCAAGGCACCUGCACGAAUCUCGAAGGGAGCUACGAGUGUAGCUGUUCGGAUAUUCCUGGACACAAAUUGGCCUCUGAUAAUCACACCUGCGAGGAUAUCGACGAGUGCUCCACGAACAACAACGGAUGCUCUCACGUGUGCUUGAACACCCCCGGAAGUGCCUUCUGCCUCUGCCCAGACGGCUUCUAUCUGACGAGCGACUGGAAGACUUGCCAGGACGUGAAUGAGUGCGAAAACGCAUCCAAGGUUUGUUCGAAUAAUACCGACUGCGAGAACACUGUCGGCUCGUUUAAAUGCGUGAACAAGCCUCAGAAGAUGACGAAGGUCCUCCAGGACGAGGACUACGACGCGGAGGACGAGGAUGACGAUUACGACGAGGAAGAAGGCAUCACGGAAAUUCCAGAAUUCGGGAAAUGCGAGGAUGGCUUCAGGAAGAAUAAAAACGGCGAGUGCAUUGACGUCGACGAGUGCGUGGAGGGAGACGAAGGCGACUCUCAUGGCUGCCAGCAUGAGUGCAUGAACGAGCCCGGUGGUUACUACUGCGUUUGUCACUUGGGUUUCGAGCUCCACGAAGAUGGCGUGUCCUGCAAGGACAUCGACGAGUGCAAGAAAGACUCUCCAUGCUCUCAUGGCUGCAACAACACCGUGGGGUCCUUCGACUGCACCUGUCCUACAGGAUUCACCCUGAAAGCGGACAACCUUACCUGUGUCCAAGCGAAAACUUGCGAAAGCUUGGCAACACCUUGCUCUCACGAGUGUCAGGAGUCGGAAGAUGGACCCAUUUGCGUCUGUCCCAGUGGAUAUCAGUUCCACGAGGAUGGAACGAGCUGCGUGGACAUCGACGAAUGUUCGCUGGACUUGUGUUCUCACUCGUGCGUGAAUUUGGUAGGCAGUUUCGCGUGCAUCUGUCCAGACGGUCUCGAGACGUUGGAACACGAUAAAUUUAAUUGCACCGAUAUAGACGAGUGCGUCAGAAGCCUCCACGAUUGCGAACACGAGUGUGUAAAUAUUCAUGGAAGUUACACCUGUGGGUGUCGACCUGGAUUUACGUUGAACGACGAUAAGAAGACCUGUUCAGAUGCGAACGAGUGUCUGGAAGGCAGACACGAGUGCGACCAGGUUUGCGUAAAUUCAGCCGGAAGUUAUAGUUGCACGUGUCACAAGGGAUACAAGCUUUCCAUAGAUAGCUUUGGCUGUGAAGAUGUAAACGAGUGCCUUAACGAGGAACACGGAUGUUCCCACGAGUGUGUCAACGAGGAAGGGACGUUCAAAUGUAGUUGCCCUGCGGGUUUUCUAUUGGGGAACGACUCUAAGAUGUGCGAGGACGUGAACGAGUGCCUGGAAGGCACGCACCAAUGCUCCCACGAGUGCGUGAACAGUCAAGGAUCGUACGAAUGCACCUGUCCCCUUGGAAUGAUUACAGCGGACGAUAAAAGACUAUGUAUCGCAGUUGACGUGUGUAAUUUGUCCAAUUGUUCUCACAUCUGUGAAAAGGAUCGGGAUACUUUCAAGUGUAGUUGCCCCGAGGGCUUCAUUCUGCAGGACGAUGGGAAAACCUGCAAGGAUUUCGACGAAUGUUUCGAGGACGAACACGAUUGUUCUCACGACUGUGUAAAUAUAAUAGGGAGCUACAAGUGUGUCUGCCCCGAAGGUCUGAUCCUCCUGCAGGAUGGUUUGACGUGUGAAGAUCCAUCGUGUGCUGUGGGAUUACGGCAGGAUGACAAAGGCCAAUGUCGAGACAUCGACGAAUGUUUGGAAAGGGAUCACGAGUGUUCACAUGUGUGCAUCAACGAGCAUGGCUCCUACCGUUGCUCUUGCCCUCCAGGAUGGACGUUGUCCGAUGACAGGGUUACGUGUGCUGUCAAUGAUCCUUGUUCAAACUCCUCUUGCUCUCACUUGUGUUUGCCAACUGGCUCUAACUACAGAUGCGACUGUCCUUUGGGGUACAGGAUAAGCAUAGAUGGCACAACCUGCGAGGAUAUCGACGAAUGUCGAGAUAAAUCCAAUAAUUGUACCUUCUAUUGUAAAAAUAACGAAGGGUCGUAUGUGUGCGAAUGCCCAGAAGGAUUCAGGCUCGAAGAAGACCACCGAAGUUGCACCGACAUCGACGAGUGUCAAAGUUUACAACACAAUUGCUCCCACGAGUGUCUGAAUUCAAUCGGUGGUUACAACUGCACUUGCCCACCAGGGUGGAAGCUCGACGAAGAUCUGAAAUCUUGUCGAACAUCUAGCAAUCGCAACUGCUCGCACACGUAUGAGCAGGACGGUGACGAGACUCGUUGCGGCUGCCCCGAAGGAUUCCAGCUGGAGUACGACGAGAGCACUUGCGGCGACGUGGACGAGUGUGCCGAGGAUCUUCACUCUUGUAGCCACGAUUGCGUGAAUACCAGAGGAUCUUACCACUGCGAUUGUCCUGCUGGUUUUCGACUACAGCAAGAUCGAGCAACCUGUCAGGACGUCGACGAAUGUGUCCAAAAUAACGGAGGUUGCUCUCACAAUUGUGUCAACACCGUGGGUAGCUUCGAGUGCAUCUGUCCUGAAGGAUACGAAUUAACCGAGGACCAGAAGACCUGUCUGGACGUCGACGAGUGCGUCAAGGAUCUCCACGAAUGUUCCCAUCGGUGCGAGAAUUUCGACGGGACCUACGCCUGUUCUUGCCCAGAGGAUUUGCUCCUCGGACAGGACAAUAAGACCUGCUCGGAGGCAGACCCGUGUGGACGCGUACACAACUGCAGUCAUACGUGCGUGAACGUUCACGGUGGUUACAAAUGCGAGUGUCCGGCCGGUUUGAAAUUAAGCUCGGAUGGAUGGACGUGCGAGGAAAUUGAUUUUUGCGCUGGUCAACACGGUUGCUCCCACGAGUGUGUCGCCGUCCAGGACGGCUUUCAAUGCCGCUGCCCGACCGGCUAUAUUUUGUCCAAGGACAACAGAAGCUGCCUGGAUAGGAACGAAUGCGAGGAGACGAACAACGAGGUAAACAACGGCUGCUCUCAUUCCUGCGUCAACACGGAUGGUAGCUUCGAGUGUGGCUGCCCCAACGGCUAUCGACUGGGGGCCGAUCGAAGGACCUGCGAGGACGUGAACGAGUGUAUCGAGGACAACGGUGGCUGCUCUCAUCUCUGCGCAAACAUCGAGGGUGGCGUCGAGUGCGCUUGUCCGGAUAAUUACAAGCUGCUCGAAGAUGACGGGAAGACGUGCGUGGAGAUCGACGAAUGCCUGAUCGAUAAUGGCGGCUGCUCCCAUCUGUGCCACUACGAGAAUGGCACCGUGUCCUGCUUCUGCCCACGAGGAAUGAUCCUGGAGGACGACAAUGCCACUUGCACCGAGGAGAACAGGUGUUACGUCGAGAACGGCGGAUGUUCGCAUUUUUGCAAACACGAGGAUGGCCAAGUGUCCUGCUCCUGUCCGACAGAAAUGAUCCUGUCCGAGAACGGAACCGUUUGCGUGGAACAAAACAGGUGUCUGCUGGAGAACGGUGGCUGUUCUCACGAUUGUCGUUACGAGGACGGAGAAACGUCUUGUCACUGUCCGAGUGGAAUGAUCCUUUCGGACGAUAGAUUCCUCUGCGUCUAUGAAAACAAAUGUUUUAUCAAUAAUGGCGGCUGCUCGGACAUCUGCGCCUUCUCUAACGGCUCCAUCAGCUGCGAAUGCGCAGCCGGGUUCAAGCUGUCGGAAAAUGACAACGCCACUUGUAUCGACGUCGACGAAUGCUUGGAAGUAUUAGACAACUGUACCCACGAGUGUAUAAACACGGAGGGAGGGUUCGAAUGCAUCUGUAACGAAGGGUUCAAAGUGAACGUCGUUGAAUCAACUUUCUGCGACGACGUGGAUGAAUGCGAGAACUCAAAUGCAGGAUGCUCCCAUACCUGUCUGAACCUUGUAGGAUCGUUCCGUUGCACCUGUCCGUCAGGGUACAUCCUGGAGAAUGAUAAUAAGACUUGCAAGUUGGUCGAUUGGUGCAAGGAGAACAACGGAAAUUGUUCCCAUCAUUGUCACCACGAGGAAGGCACCGAGAAGGCUCUCUGUUCCUGUCCACUGGGUUUCAGAUUGAAGCAAGACCAGAGAACCUGCGAGGAUGUGAACGAGUGCGAGGAAUUCGAGAAUGACAUAGAUCUAGGUUGCUCGCAUGACUGUGUGAAUACCGAAGGGGGUUACUAUUGCGAGUGUCCUACUGGUUAUAUUCUGCUACCAAGUGACAAGAAAAAUUGUAUCGACAUGAACGAAUGUCUGAACAGUCAACACAACUGUAGCCACGAUUGCUUGAACCUUUUGGGAAGCUACGUUUGUACCUGUUACGAAGGGCACUAUCUGCAUUCUGAUAAAUCAACCUGUCUAGACAUCGACGAGUGCCUUGAGAAAAAUGGCGGCUGCUCUGACCAGUGCACCAACACUAUCGGUGGUCACUUUUGUUCCUGUCCAGCAGGCUACGAGCUCUCGCAAGACGAGAAGACCUGUAUCGAUAUAGACGAAUGUAAAACCGACGUAGCUGACUGCUUCCACGAAUGCAUCAACACGUUAGGCUCGUGGAAAUGUGCCUGUCCCGAUGGUCACGUCCUAGCGAAUGAUUCCAGAAGCUGCGUGGACAUCGACGAAUGUCAGGCGAGCAAUGGAGGCUGUUCUCACGCGUGUUUCAACAUCGUUGGAGGUGUUAAAUGCAGUUGUCCUGUCGGAUUGCGCUUGGACCAGGAUGGGAAGAAAUGCAGCGACGUGGACGAGUGUUUGAUAGAAAAUGGCGGCUGUUCGGACAUCUGUAUUAACCUGGACGGUAGCUUCUCCUGCCAGUGCGCCGGUGGCUUCCAGCUGCUGUCCGAUUCCAAGACUUGUCUGGACAUCAACGAGUGCGAGAUGGAAAAUGGGGGAUGCUCCGACAAUUGCAUAAACGUGGAAGGUGGUUACCGUUGCGAGUGUCCCGAGGGUUUCAAUCUGAAGGAAGAUCAGAGGUCCUGUUCCGAUGUUAACGAGUGUGAAAAUAAUAACGGCGGGUGUUCCCAUGAAUGCGUGAAUGAACUUGGUUCUUAUCGAUGCGACUGUCCGGCUGGUCACGAGUUGAGGAAUAAAUCGUGUCAUUCUGUAGAUCCCUGCGCCAGUAACAAUGGCGGCUGCGAGCAGAUUUGCAACGCGAAGAAUGGCACGGUUGUGUGCACGUGCAGGGAAGGCUUCCGGUACGAAGAGAGCGAUCGCUCGAGGUGCAGAGAUAUCGACGAAUGCACUGGUCAGCAUGGAUGCGAUCAACUGUGCGUGAAUACUGUUGGAUCGUUCGAAUGCACGUGUAGGGAUGGAUUCGAGAUGUACAACUCCACGUGUGUCGAUCUCGACGAGUGCGCCACAGCGGCCUGCAGGGGAAACAAGUGCAUCAACACUUACGGCAGCUAUCGUUGCGAGUGCGAGGCGGGCUAUCGAUUGGAAGGGGACGAUUGUGUAGAUAUAAAUGAAUGCGAGUGGAACAACGGCAGAUGCGAGCAAGAUUGCAUUAAUACAGUUGGCUCCUAUAUAUGCGUUUGUCGUCCUGGUUAUAUAUCGAGUCAGAGAAAUAGAAGCCAGUGCCAAGAUAUAAACGAGUGCUUGAACCGUAACGGGGGUUGCAACGGUGAAUGCGUUAACACAGCCGGAAGUUACUACUGUACGUGCAGUGGCGACCUGGUGUUGGCUUCCGACGAGAGAACUUGCGUUUCAGCGGAAUUGAGAUGUCGUGCCAUGGAACCGCCUCUACACGCCGAAAUCAGAUGUCCAGGUCAUUCUUCCGGGGCAGUGGAUUAUCCUGUUGGAGCCAGAUGUCAUAUACGAUGUCGAAGAGGUUUCAGGUUAGAAGGACCGCACACGAGGUACUGCAUGGCCGGAGAUCGAUGGAACGGGAAGGAGCCGACUUGUAUUCAAGAAUCGAUCGUGACCGAUUCCCGUUACCAUUCAGACAUGCCACGGCCGUUCGUGAGGUGUCCCCGAGACAUGGACGUGGAGCUACCCGCAAGGCAGAACACGAUACGCGUCUCGUUCCCGCAGCCAAAGUCCAACAUGAACUGGUGGAGGUAUGUGGACGCUUCGCCGUCGUGGGCCAAGCAGUUGCAGGCGGAUUUACCGGCAGGUACGACGGUCGUCACUUUCACAGCAUGGUCGCCCGUGUCCAAUUACACCAGCACGUGCAGGAUAGUGAUCCGCGUUCGAGACACGGAGAAUCCGAAAGUUUCGACGUGCCCGACGUCCUUUGAAGUGCGGCUAAGCCCCGGCGAGCGAAAUCGCUUAAUAUUCUGGCAGGAGCCAACGUUCACCGACAACGUCGCUGUCGAGCGGGUCUACAAAACGAGGGAACCCGGACAACUGAUGUACCCCGGCAUUCACAACGUGCGCUACAUCGCUUCCGAUGCAGCCGGAAAUCGAGCCGAAUGCCAUUUCUCGAUACACGUACGAGAAUCUGAGCAUCGUCGAGAUUCCGAGCCGCGGUACUACAGAAGAAGGAUGCUGAUGUGUCCCGGAAGACCACCCCAGCCGAUACCAUCCGGCGCUUACGGGUGGCAGAUACCGAGCGGAUGCUACCUCAGGUACACGAGGAUCUUCUCCGGGGCGUACACUGUUCAGAACUAUCGGGGACAGAGGCAGAACGGCUAUCAGGAGGCGAGGGCGGCUUAUCACGAAGUUCAUCCCAUUCACGGAGGCCAAGGUCAAGCACAACUACCCACUUCGUAUCCCGUGGGAGACUAUCAGCACACGAGACAGUACCAGCUCCAGCAGCUGCGCGAGCAGCAGCAGCGCCGCUCUUCGAGGACCGACCACGUAGCUUCUCCGACGUCUCAUUACGGCAGGGGCCGUGUCGAGACGAGAAUAUUGCCGCGGCGCAAAUGCUGCACGUAA